AUGGCUGGCUCUCGACCAGAUAUGAGACCACACAUGAGGCCUGGUCCCCCACCUGGAUUACGAGCUGCAGCAGAAAUGGAGCGGGAACGUGCCCAACAGGGUGGUGGUAGAGGUAUGAUGGGGGUUGUAUUACCCAUGUAUGCUGUAGGAAUAGUUUUAUAUCUGAUAUACACUCUGGUUAAAGUAUUUAAUAAAAAUAGUGGGGAGGAGAGACAGGAUGAUUUAACAGAGUAUUUAAAUAAAGAUCCAGCUUCAGUCUACGAUACUGGCCCUUUGGAUACAGAGGCUAAGAUGGAGGAGUUUUUAAAACAACAAAAAACUAACGAACUAGAAAAACUUUUGAUUAAAGCUGAUGAUAAAAAUAUCAGCAGUGGAGAAAUGCGAGCCUUACAGAAAAGGUUGGAGGAAACAGAAGCUCAAAUGACCCAGAUAUUACAAGCUAUGCAAGCUGUAUCUCACAAAGUAGAAGAUGUAGCAUCAGCUAAUCCAGACGUCCAAGAUGUCCUGAAAUCUGCUGGUGGUACACCAUCAUCACCAUCUAAUGACGAAAAAGCUUCUGAAGAUAAUCAAGAGGGUGAAAAAAGUGGAAAAUCAACCGACUCCAGUCCAGAUAUGGACAGUUUUGAAAUUGUGGGGAAAAAAGACAGCAAUGCUACCAGUGAUCAAUCUAAUAAUACAGAGGAUGAUAUUUCCCAAUCAUUGUCAUCAGAGGUGGAAAAUAUCGGACAGCACGAUUCCCAAAUCAAAAUGACUGAAUCAGACUCGACGGAAUCGUGUGCUGGAGAAAAAGACAAUUCUGUGGCACCAGAAUCGGAGCGGGAUGAAACAGGGGCUGAUGGAAGUGAGGAAUUGUUACCUGAAGAAGACACCCAACACGAUACAACAGUCCGACACCGUAAUGUUGAAACUAGCAAUAACUCUUAA